GGAAACCCGGUUUUAGCCCUCUACCAUCUUCGUUUCCACUCCACUUUGUUGCCACCAGUUACCGUCUGUGUUGCAUAUGGAGAUCUCUGGAGAUAUUGAUCAAGAGAGUUCAUCUCGUUCCCUUCCGGCACCAGACGUGCCAACAAUGAAGUCCCGUUAUUUCACUCGCUCAGAGUCGCUGAAGGCCAUUGUCGGGGCUGAAGUGUCAGGGAACAGUGACAAUGGCUCAGGAGGAAACCCCCUUUCUAAGCGAACACUACGGGAGGCGAAAAGGCGGCGCAUAAGCCCGACAAACAGGCCUGGAGCGGAGAGACAGGAAGUAUUGCACCCAGUUCCUGAUAUUAUAGUGAAGGAGCUCGACAUCCUUUUUUGCGGGAUAAACCCUGGUGAAACAUCGUCUAGGAAAGGGCACCACUUCUCGCACCCAUCGAAUCGGUUUUGGCCAUCGUUGUAUGCCGGGGGUCUGACCCCUGUAAGAAUGAUUGCUGCCCAAGAUACAGAAAUGCCAUUGCUUGAUCCUUCUAUGGGUUUGACAAACCUUUGUGACCGGCCAUCGAAAGAGGAAAAAGAUCUGGAACAAGACGAGCACAAAACUGGAGCCGCUGUGCUUAUACACAAGAUACACGAGUGGCGGCCCAGGAUUGUGGCCUUUGCUGGAUUUGGGAUUUGGGACAAGUUCAUCGGCGCAGUAGACCCCGCGAGACCUCGGGACAAGAAACUGAGACUGGCACACGAUCCAUAUCUGGUUCUCCCAUACAAAAUCGUCCAUCGAGCAGAAAGGGAUGCUAAAUCGGAGCCACCACGGCGAGAUCCAUCCAUCAAAACUGAGCAAGAAGACGAACCUGUGAUGACCGUGCUCCCAAAUAAGCCUCCAGUGACCGAG